CGGUUCCAAUUCCUCCUUUUCGUACCUUCCUCCCCCAAAACCUCGGGCGAGAUUGAUCGCGAACCUUCCAGAUCCAGCGACCUCCGCUAACCCUAAUCCUAAUCAUCUACCCCAUUCCUCGAUCUCUCAGAUCGGAGCAAAGGUGAGAUCGACGAAGGAAACCGGGUUCACACUUCCUCUUGAAGGGUAAUUGAACGAUAGGGAGUAACUGCACCACAAGGGAAAGGAGAGUAAGAUCCUUUUGUUUUUACAGUAGCCAUGAAUUCGAGGAGGGAAUAUCGCAGCAACAGAGCUGCUCUGUUUGAUGGAAUUGAAGAGGGUGGAAUCCGGGCCUCAACCUAUUCCUCUCACGAAAUUGACGAACAUGAGAAUGAUCGAGCUAUCGAAGGAUUACAAGAUAGAGUCAAUAUCUUGAAAAGGUUGACAGGUGAUAUACAUGAAGAGGUGGAUAGUCAUAACCGUAUGCUGGACCGAAUGGGGAAUGAUAUGGAUGCAUCAAGAGGAAUCCUUUCUGGAACUGUAGACAGAUUCAAGAUGGUUUUCGAGAAAAAAUCAAGUCGCAGAAUGGCUACCAUCGUGGCAUCUUUUGUUGCAGUUUUCUUGCUCAUAUAUUACCUGACCAAGUAAACCUCCUUGUGUUAAGCUACUGUGUUGAAAGCGCAAUUGUUUGAGCACAAAAGACAUAAAACACUAGCCUUUAUAUCUGUUGGGACUCUCUUGCCGAUAUAUUGUUAUAUAGUACACCCUUGCAUGAUGUACAAGGCGAAUACUUGAUCUAUGGUGCCGAUGUCGUACUUGUUUAAAAUAGUUAUCUGUUUCAUAUUAAAUAUGUUCGAUGUCUUUGUAAAGAUCAGUAUAGUUAUACUCCCGUAAGGUAUCUUGAAGUAUCUUAUCCUGUGUUUAAUUUGUGGAUUGAGCUAUAGAAGUAAACGCACAUCUGCUGUGUUCGGUGUGGUA